UUUACUUCAUCCAGGACGUAAGCCUCGAUGGCGGCGGCGGAAGCGGCCGCGGGGUCCCCAAGCGCCGCCGGCACGGGCCGCCUGGGUGGGCGGUGCGGCAGCCCGAGCAGCGCCUCCAUGUGCUCUGGCGGCGAACGCAGGAGCUUCGACAGGGGACUGAGCGGCAGCUCCAGCCGCGGUGGCGAGCGGGACGGCGGCGGUUGCAGGCGCGCGGGGAGCUGCGGCUGGGAGCCUCCCUGCGACGAGCAGCAGGAGGAGGCCCAGAUCCGAGCGGGACAGCGACGUGGGGGGCGAGGGGGAAGAGCUGCCCCGCGCGCAGGCGGUGGACAGCGCCGACACGGCCUGGCCCACGGGAUUCAGCUUGGCCGACCUGUUCUACAUCGAGGGCUCAGCCUGACACGGGCCUUGUUGCCUGAGACGGAGAAGAGAGAUAGAGAGACAGAGACAGAGACAGUGACAGUGACACAGCUUGAACAAAUCGCUAUGCCGGAUGUCUGGGUCGAUAGUCCUUUCCCGUUCCCACGAAGACUUCGCUGCAGUUCCUUGACCUCGUCUUGGCCUUCCAUUCGCCCGCAGUGUCAGCAGCAGGGGAGCGAUGGCAUCCGCGAAGGCAUCUGCCCGCCACCCAGCCCAGGCCCCAUGGCGGUCUGAUCGAUCCGAUUUGAUAUCGAUUAUGAUUUUGCCAGCCUGGGCGUCGAAGGAGGAGCCGUGGCUUUUGAGCCUGACCUCUGGCUCGGAGAGCCUCAUGCAUGCGC